AUAUCAAUUUCAACAAUCAAUACGGACUUAAACCAAAAACAUGGCUGACGAUGAGCAAGAUUCUGAUCUAGAAAAUUCAUUAAAAGACGAAGAAGAAAAUAAAGAUCAAUAUGCUCCAAGAUAUGUAAAAAUUAAAAAAGGAGAAAAAGGGUUCGGAUUCAAUGUCCGAGGUCAAGUAUCAGAAGGUGGUCAGAUGAAAGCAAUUAACGGCCAGUUGUAUCCUCCUCUUCAAAUGAUCAGUGCAGUUCUGGAAGGAGGUCCUGCAGAUAAAGCAAAAGUUCGUGUUGGCGAUCGUAUUCUGGAAGUAAAUGGGGUUAACUGUGAGGGAACUGACCACAGAGCUGUUGUUGAUCUUAUUAAACAGGGAAAAGAUUAUCUUACAUUGCUUAUUAUUUCUGUCUCUCCAAGCGAGGCACGUAAACUUGAUGGGUCAGAGGUAUGUGGCAGUGACUACAUAGAUUAUUCCGAUCGAAGAAGUAUUCCUAUUACAAUACCAGAUUUCAAAUAUCUAGAGAAAGAUGGAGAGAAAUAUGUGGUUUACAAUAUAUAUAUCAAUGGAAAGUAUAGAUGUUGUCGUCGUUACAAUGAAUUUGCAAAUCUGCACAGUGAUUUGAAAAAAAAAUUUACAGAUUAUCCAUUUCCAAAACUUCCUACAAAAUGGCCACUGAAACUAUCUGAUCAACAGUUGGAUAGUAGACGUCGAGGACUUGAAGUAUAUAUAGAAGAUGUUACUGCAAUACGUGAAAUAUAUGAAUCAGAUAUCAUGGAAAAGUUUUUACUUGAAGAGCACACACAGAGAUAUAACUCUCAAAAUCAAAGUGGAGUAAAUCAAAAAAUUGAUUCUAAUGAAAAAGAAAUCAAAAUCAAUUUACCUGACAAGACAAUAUUAUCAGUAUUCCUCCCUAAUAAAAAACAAAAAACUGAGCAAAUAUAUGAGUGUGUGGUAAAAAAGCUUGGAUUGUCUGAUUAUAGUGCAACCUUUUUUGCUCUGUUCCAAAUCAUGGAGAAUGAUUUUGAGCGUAAACUUGAGUCUUCCGAAUUUCCAUAUAGUAUUUAUCAAAGAUCAGUUGUUGAGUCAGGAGAAACAAAACUUGCAUUUCGAAAAUGGGUUUUCACAUUAACAAGAGAAAUUGAAAUGUGUAAUGAUCCAGUGGCUUUGAAUUUAUUAUACUAUCAAGCUGCAUCAGAUAUUCGAAAAGGUCUUAUUAAACCAGAAAAUAAAAUUCAGAAAAUAAAAGAAUAUAAUAGUACAAAUAAUAAAAUACCUUUUCUUGAGGUGGCACGGACACUAGAUGGUUAUGGAGAUAUUGUCUUCCCUCAUUGUGAAUGUGAUGCUCGCAAAGAGGGGCAUGUCAUUCUUCGGCUUUCUUUGAAAAAUCUCACAAUGGUUGCUUGUACUUCGGAUGGUGUUAAAGAGGAUCAAGAACACAACUUUACCUGGGAUGAGAUUCAAAGUUGGGAUGCAGACACUGAAGCAAUGUGCUUUUGGUUCCAAUACUCUAAAUCAGGAAGAAACCCUCGACAAGUUCGCAUAUACUCAUUAUAUUAUAAGUACAUAGAGGAUUGUUGCAAGCGUAUUGCUACUGAGUUGAGUUGGUGUAAAAAGGAUUAUUCUGGAAGCCCAAUUUUAAAUAACACCUCUGCUUCUGAAAGCAGUACCAAAAGCAAGUUAACAACAAAAGCAAAAACAACUGUUAAUCAUAUCAAUGAUGGUGAUCUUUAAGAAGAAGCUUAUUGUGCAACAUGUUUUGCUUGUUGUGCAAUUAUAAAUUAUGUGCAAGAAAAAAUAAAUUACCUAUUCACACGA